CUUCGAGGAGAGUUGUCGCUGUCCUACUCUGACCAUAGACUGCCAUGUCUGCGCUUAAGAGUACUUUGCUUGCAACUGCUGCCGUCUACGCUUUUUGCUUGUGUCUCAGCUUCACACAGGCACAGUAUUACCCAGAAUUGCGAUUCGAUCUACAAAAGUAUCAAGACCCAUUGGCGUGCCCAGAGACACCCCACAAAUGGUACUUGGUGUACAGAAAUUACCCGUACGAUCCAUUCUACGGCGGAGUGGCGAAAUGUGUCAGUUUCCAGAGGCUUGGACCAAGCAAAGAUUUCACAGUUCCGUCUAAGUUCUCAUGGCGCACUAACGGAGCUGGAACUCAGUCAGUAGUCGGCACUUAUGCUUUCAGUUCGACACCCGGGUACAGAGCGAAAAAUGUGCACACCUUCUUUCCUAAGAAUGCUCCAUUUACUUGGCAGACGCACACACUGUAUGUUGACUGCGGCAACUGCUACAUUGGUCGUCAUCAAUACGCUGGACACGGCUGCACAUUGUGGCGUCGUGCCCAAAAUGGCGUCGUGAAAGGUGCCGACCACUGUGACUUUAUCUUCGACUUACUCUGCGGCUCAUUUCCGAAGUACAGAGUGUACGAGCCAACCUGUCCACGUGAUCUUGGCACAGGCCCAAUGAAGGCACUCGAUGUGACCAGUGGCUGACGAGUUCUUCUCGACAUCGCAGAUGCAAGCUAUGUGCAUGACUACGGCAAUAAAGCAUGAACUUGUCGGCAAUAUUCCUCCCAAGCUA